AUGUUUGGAAGGGGCCUUGGGCGAGAAAUACUUAAGCGGGUCACUGGACACCCGUGUAUGAUCCCCCAAAUGGGCCAUGUGAGAAACGAAGUGAAGAACGCGAGCAUGAUCACAAAAAGAGGAGUAUCCUUUUCACGAAUACAUUUAACUCACUACCUGGAGGAUUAUUAUACUUCAGCGGAAAUUGCAACGAACAUGGUGUCACCCAUGUCUGAGUACGUUUGGUGGAGCUGGCUUUUCCUACAGGCCGCCAUAGUCUUUGGAACCUUGUUCCAUUCCAAUUAUUACUUCACGGGCAAGGCUCUGCCCAAAGUACAAGGAAACUCUCAGUUGUGUGAAGAUUCAUGGUGA